CUAGACUAGUAAUGGAUGAAGAAUAGUAUGAAGAAAGACAGGUGAGUCUAAAGAAAGGAAAAAUACUUGACGAAAUAAAUUUGGUAGCACUGUCUCAGUACGCGCGGAAUUCAUAUUUGACGCACGCGUGACCUUUCGUUGACUAUUUUGUUGUUUACAUUUGAGUGCUGCGGUAUAUAGAGGGCCUUGAGUACUGCGCUCGGUUUUCCCCUCUCAUACCAAUACUUGGGUUAUUUUACGUAUUUUUUAUUUAAAUUCAGGCACCUUUUACGUUGAAGCCAAGAUGAGUCUGUGGGUAGACAAGCAUCGACCAACAAGUCUUGGCAAGCUAGACUAUCAUAAUGGACAAGCUUCUAGGCUCUCAAAACUUGUGAAAAGUGGCGACUUUCCACAUCUGCUGGUGUACGGCCCCUCGGGCGCCGGGAAGAAGACUCGCGUCAUGUGCCUCCUGAGGGAGCUGUACGGUGCCGGGGUGGACAAACUCAGGAUAGAGCACCAGCAUUUCGAGACGCCGUCAAAGCGUAAGAUCGAGAUCGUCACAGUGGCGAGCAACUAUCACAUCGAGGUGAACCCGAGUGACGCCGGCAACAACGACCGCGUGGUGAUCCAGGAGCUGCUGAAGACGGUGGCGCAGACGCACCAGCUCAACGCCGACAGCCAGCGCGACUUCAAAGUUGUAAUAGUCACGGAGGCGGACCGGCUGACCAAGGACGCGCAGCACGGUCUGCGGCGCACCAUGGAGAAGUACAUGUCCACGUGCCGGAUCAUCCUGGUUGCCAACAGCAGCAGCCAGGUGAUCCCGGCCAUCCGCAGCCGGUGCCUGGCCGUGCGCGUGCCGGCGCCCUCGCACCAGCAGAUCACCGACGUGCUGCACGCCGUCUGCAAGAAGGAGGGUCUGGCGCUGCCGUCCGAGCUGGCACAGCGGAUCGCGGAGAAGAGUGGCAGGAACCUGCGACGGGCGCUGCUCAUGUGUGAGACGUGCCGCGUGCAACAGGUGCCGCUGUCGGCCUCCCAGUCGGUCUCCGAGCCCGACUGGGAGCAGUUUCUGCAGGAGACGGCCGCCAUGAUCGUCCAGGAGCAGUCGCCCAAGCGGCUGAUGGAGGUCCGCGCCCGACUCUACGAGCUCAUGGUCCACUGCAUCCCACCGGACGUCAUAUUCAAGGGCCUGCUGCGGGAGCUGAUUCGCAACUGCGACAGCCAGCUCAAGUCGGAUCUGACGGCCGAGGCGGCCGCCUACGAGCACCGACUCAACCUCGGCUCCAAACACAUCUACCACCUGGAGGCGUUCGUCGCAAAGUUCAUGGCGCGCUACAAACGCUUCCUCGACGAGAACAUGAUGGAUAUGUAAGGUGAAGUGAAUGAGGAAUGGGGGGAGGGGGUGCGGGCUGUAGCGCUAGAGACGCUUCCUCGAUGAGAACAUGAGGGACAUGCAAGCUGAAGUGAUUGACGGGGGAUUGUAGCGCUAGAGGCGAUUUCUCGACUGAAGGAGAGUGGGAAAAGUGGACUGAAGGAUGACACGGAUGUCCAUGAGCAGAUGCUGGACGAUGCUGGAUGUGGGUUGAUAACGACCGCGUGGUCGUAUCCUGUUGGCGCGAGACCAGCACCAGUUUUUGGUGCGAUGCCCUCUGAAAAUGGAUGCUCACUGGUGAAUACACGAUGUUUUGUUUUGUA